UAAGCAAGCCAAGACCCAGACGAACGAGAGAGAGAGAGAGAGAUCACAGAGAGAGAGAAGAAGAAGAAGAAGAAGAAGAAGAAGAAGAGGAGAUGGCUGAUCCAAGAGUCCUUGACACGUCGAGAGUUCCAUUCAUCCCAGGUAGGAUACACGCGACCAACAACCUGUACCAGAGAUACGGUCCAAAGGGUUUCAUGGAGAUCAAGAUCCUCCAAAACGACAACCUUUACGUCCGUGUCGACUUACCCGGUGUUCCAGACGACGGCGUCCGCCACAGAGUCGACUCCGUGAGACAAAAGGUUGUCUUUUUCUCCGGCGAAGAAGCUCUCAGCGACGGAGACGACAAGAAAAACGUCCGUGAGUACGCCGGAGCCGCCGGUCUCGGGUGUGACUGCUGCGAGAUAACAGGGGUGGAUGCGAAGAUGAAAGAUGGAGUCUUGAGGAUGAUUGUGUCAAGGGUCAAAGUCAAAGACCACGACAAGAAGUGUGCUCACUUUCUCCCUCCUAACACAGGUAAAUCUGGGAGAUACAAUAUGGAUGAACCUUUGAGCUUGGCUAAAGCGGCGGAGCCCCAUCCAUUUGUGGUGAAAGGUCGUAAGAAUUCAUGCACUUCGGAAGCAACAGAUGGUGGAGGUUUUAUAGAGUCAUUUGACUUGCCAGGUGUUUGUACUGAUGAUAUAUUGGUGCUUCCCAAUGAGAACGAGAUCAAGUUCUACGGUGAGAACAAGGAGGUGUAUGAGCACGAUGAGAGUUGCCGUAUCUUCAUGGGAGCCAUCAACCAUUCUAGCGUUAGUGCUCCUGGAGUUCCACUUUUGAGCCACGACAUCACUUGGGAUGCUGAGUUUGGUGUUCUCAAGGUGCGUGUUUCACCUCCUGGCCGCAACACCAACAUAGAGUAGUAGUCACUCUCUACUUCAUUUCACAUGUGGUCUUGAUUUAUUUCGGGAAACCUUUGGUUGGCUAUUAAGUCUUUUGUGUUUUAAGUUUGGACAUUUAUGUGCGACUAUGUCUUGUUUUGGUGUUUGUUAUCGAAUGUCUUACUUGGUGUCCACGUAU